AGUGAAAAGAAAAAACUAGUAAGAGAAAAUGAGGCACUAUAGUAGUAGUCUACCACUAAGUUAGUUGCUUUGCUAAAAAAUGGCGGGAACCAUAUAAAUCCAACGAAAUUCUUCUUCAUGCGAACCAUCUUUUCUCUUAGUUUCCAUUCCUAUACUCCAAUCUUCUCUAACUACUUGUUCUCUCUCACUUUCCCAGAAUUCCAAACUCAUCUACUGCAUUCUGCUCAAACAAUUUCAGCUUUUCCCACUUGCCAAGCUACCCAAUGCCCCCUUCCAUCAAAAUCGUGGCUGAGUACGCGAAAUCCAAUCGCUCCUUUUGCAAGAAGUGCUCCAAGACGAUCGAUUCGAAGUCUCUAAGGUUGGGUUUGGUGAGCCGCGACUCCCGGGGCUUCGACAUGACCAAAUGGCACCAUUUGGGUUGCUUCUCUUUUGGCUCGGAAUCGCUUCCUUCGGCUGAGGAGAUUAAAGGGUUUGACUCUUUGAAGGUGAAAUCGAUAUGGAGUUCUGAUCAGGAAGCUUUACAGAAAUUGGUGGAGACAAGGGAUAAAACUCAGGACGAGGUUGAUAAACCAGAUAGAGAUGGAGAUGGAGAUGGAGAUGAAGAUGAAGAUGAAGAAAAGGAAUCAGAGGGGAGGAAUAUAAAGAAAGCAAAGCUAUCUAUUUCAAAGGGGGAAAACCUGGAUGUAACAUUUUUAGUUUCUGACGUCAAGAAUAAGUACAAGGAUGCAACACUGUCACCAAAAUGGAAGGCAUUCCAAACAGUUAUAUUUCUUGAGCGGGAUGAAGGCCUUCACGAUUCAAGUAAAAUUGCUGCUUUUGAUUUUGAUGGAUGUCUUGCAAACACUUCUGUUAGAAGAGUAGGUCCGGAUGCUUGGUCUCUGAUGUAUCCUUCAAUACCUGCUAAGCUACAGAGCCUGUACAAUGAUGGCUAUAAACUGGUUAUCUUUACCAAUGAAUCAAACAUUGAGCGCUGGAAAAAUAAGAGACAAGUUGCUGUGGACUCGAAAAUUGGUCGCCUAAACAAAUUUAUCGUGACAGUGAAAGUCCCAAUUCAGGUUUUCAUUGCUUGUGGAGUAAGUAAAUCUAAUGGUCAAGCAGACGAUCCCUACCGCAAACCAAAACCAGGGAUGUGGCAUCUUUUGGAAAAACACUUCAACUCUGGCAUUUCUAUUGAUAUGGACCAAUCCUUUUAUGUUGGUGAUGCUGCUGGAAGAGAAAAUGAUCAUAGUGAUGCUGAUAUAAAAUUUGCAGAGGCUGUUGGUCUUAAAUUUCAUGUCCCUGAGGAAUACUUUGACAUGUGAGGAACUUGGUGGCCAUGGGUUGCUGCUGGCAGAAUUGACGGUGAAUAGUCCUGACAAGCACGAGGUUCUCUUGAAAUUAUGUUUACAUGAUUCCUCUAGAGAUCUUAAUCAAACUAUUGUAUAGUUAAAAGGUCUAGGAAGUUUAAUUAUGACUCAUAUAUUGAGUGUCAGCUUCUUUUUUUUAUUUUUUAUUUUAUUUUUUAUAAUUUGUUCAUCUAAAUCCAAAUUAGAUGAAAGAACUAGCACUGGUGGAAGCAUUUUAUAUUUUACGAUCCUAUUCCUAUCUUA